AUUUUAUGCCUCCGAAAUCAAAUGAAAGCGCGCGAACUAAACUAACAAUUGCAGAGCAGAUCUCUGCUAGGGUUUCGGAGGAGCGAUCUCAAUGGCCAUCGAAUGCCUCGUUCUUGGUGCAGGGCAGGAAGUGGGCAAGAGCUGCGUGGUGGUUUCGAUCAAUGGCAAGAGGAUAAUGUUCGAUUGCGGCAUGCACAUGGGCUAUCUCGACCGCCGCCGCUACCCCGAUUUCUCCCGCAUCUCCAACUCCGGCAACUUCGACGGCUCUCUAUCCUGCAUCAUCAUAACCCAUUUCCACUUGGAUCAUAUUGGAGCUCUUCCUUACUUUACUGAAGUUUGUGGUUACCGAGGACCCAUUUACAUGACGUACCCAACAAAAGCUUUGGCUCCAUUGAUGCUGGAGGAUUAUCGGAGAGUGAUGGUUGAUAGAAGGGGAGAAGAAGAACAGUUCACAUCUAAGAAUAUUGUGGAAUGCAUGAAAAAAGUUACUGCUGUGGAUCUGAAGCAGACUGUGCAGGUUGAUAAUGACCUUCAGAUCCGUGCCUAUUAUGCUGGACAUGUCCUUGGAGCUGCAAUGUUUUAUGCCAAAGUGGGAGAUACUGCGAUAGUGUACACAGGGGAUUAUAAUAUGACCCCUGAUAGACAUCUCGGAGCUGCUCAAAUUGACAGACUACAGUUGGACCUCCUUAUAACAGAGUCGACAUAUGCAACAACUGUUCGUGAUUCAAAAUAUGCUCGAGAGAGGGAAUUUCUUAAAGCUGUUCAUAAAUGCGUUGCUGGUGGAGGAAAGGUGCUCAUUCCUACAUUUGCUCUUGGAAGAGCUCAGGAACUCUGCAUAUUGUUAGAUGAUUACUGGGAGCGCAUGGAUCUUAAGGUUCCUAUCUACUUUUCAGCAGGUUUGACCAUUCAAGCUAAUAUGUAUUAUAAGAUGCUCAUCAGCUGGACUAGCCAAAAGGUGAAAGAUACAUUCGCUGCUCGCAAUGCAUUUGAUUUCAAAAAUGUUUGCAAUUUUGAUCGCUCCUUGAUAAAUGCUCCUGGACCUUGUGUUCUCUUUGCUACACCUGGAAUGAUUAGCGGUGGUUUUUCACUUGAGGUCUUCAAGCAGUGGGCUCCCUAUGAAGAAAAUCUUGUCACACUGCCAGGGUACUGUGUGGCUGGAACCAUAGGGCACAGAUUGAUGUCGGGUAAACCCACCAAAAUUGACUUGGAUGAGAACACCAAAAUUGAUGUCAGAUGCCAGAUUCAUCAGUUGUCUUUUAGUCCUCAUACAGAUGCUAAAGGAAUUAUGGAUCUUGUUAAGUUCCUCUCACCCAAACAUGUGAUUCUUGUACAUGGUGAAAAGCCUAAAAUGGCUUUACUUAAAGGAAGAAUUCAAUCUGAACUAGGGAUUCAGUGUUAUGAUCCUGCAAACAAUGACACAGUCUGCAUUCCUUCAAUACACUAUAUAAAGGCAGAUGCCUCCAAUGCAUUUGUCCGAAGUUCCUGCAGUCCAAACUUCAAGUUCGUAAAUAUGCAUGGAGGAAAUUACAAUUUAGGUGCUGAAGACACAAGAUCUGCAUCUAUGCUGCAGGUUUCUGAUGAGAGAGUAGCAGAAGGGAUCAUAAUAAUUGAGAAAAGCCAGAAGGCUAGAGUUGUGCACCAGGAUGAGCUUCCAGAAAUAUUAGGAGGGAAGAAACAUGUUAUUCAAUUUGCUUACUGUUGCCCAGUAAAGAUCACAAGCUCGGAACCUGCAUCAAGAAAAAGUUUGCUUCUUCCCAACUGUCACCUUUGGCUUCAAUUAUUAGAGAGAGAGAGAGAGAGAGAGAGAAUUGAAAUGGUUUCGGAAGGAUUCCUUGUUUCUGCGUUGAAGAGAGAGGUUUUGAGUUUUUCUGUGUAGAAUUUCAAUUUUCCGAUGGCGGAGACCACGGAAACUGCGGCCGCGCCGCUGCUAAGGCGGAGGGAGGAGGGAGAGGGGAGGACAGCGUCGCUGGCGGUGUUGCUAGGGCGGGCGACGGGGCGGAGGGGGCCGUCGAUGCUGGUGCGGGAGACGGCGGCGCGGCAGCUGGAGGAGCGGCGGGCGGACUGGGGGUACUCGAAGCCGGUGGUGGCGCUGGACAUGGCGUGGAACAUGGCGUUCGUGGUGGUAUCGGUGGUCAUGCUGUCUUGCACGACGGCAGAGCAGCCGAACGUGCCAGUUAGGGUUUGGAUCUGCGGGUACGCGCUGCAAUGUGCGGUGCAUGUGGUUCUGGUGUGGUUGGAGUACCGGAGAAGGAACCGGAGGAGGUCCCGGGAUGUGGAGGCCGCCAGGCCUGAGUCCAACUCGGAUGCUAUUGAUACUGACGACGAGAAUGCUGAAGGGGCUUCGGGUGUUAGCAAUGGAUCAAGUGUAACUAAAAGAUGCGAGUCUGUGAAUACAAUGGUUUCAUUUCUUUGGUGGAUUCUUGGCUUUUAUUGGGUAGUUUCUGGUGGCGACACUCUUCUGCAUAAGGCUCCACACCUCUACUGGUUGGCUGUGGUAUUUCUGGCAUUCGAUGUGUUCUUUGCCCUCUUUUGCGUUGUUUUAGCUUGUUUGAUAGGGAUAGCUCUCUGUUGCUGCUUGCCCUGCAUUAUUGCAAUUCUUUAUGCUGUUGCAGGCCAGGAGGGUGCAUCAGAUGCAGAUCUCAGUCUGCUUUCAAGGUACAGAUUUCAAAGUUCCAACAAUGAGGUUGGAGCAGGUAGAAUGGUUCCUGUUGAAACAAAUAGUGGACACUUGGCUAAUGAACGAACUCUUUUACCUGAGGAUGCGGAAUGUUGUAUAUGUCUCAGCCCGUAUGACAACGGAGCAGAAGUUCACGCUCUUCCCUGCAGCCACCAUUUCCAUUCUCCCUGCAUUGUGAAAUGGCUAAAAAUGAAUGCAACUUGCCCCCUCUGCAAAUACAACAUACUCAAGGGAGGUGAACAACUCUGAGCAAAGUAAAGCCGACAAAUCUGCAUAUCGCCGGUUCAGGUUUCUGCUUUUACCUGUUGUCUAUGGAUGUACAGGAGAACGGAAUGCUAAAACCUCAUGUUUCCAGUUGUAAUAAUCAUAAACAAAUUUGUAGCAUUUUCCGUAAUCAAGCUUCAAAUUGGGUGUC